AUGGUCGCGGCCACGCUGAAGGCCAUCCAGAACUAUGUGGAUACUGAGCAAUGGAUCAAGCAGAACGUUGUUUUCGAUAACACUGCGUAUGCCACCUUCGGGACCUGCCUUGGUUUUCUGCUGCUCGGGAUCGUCUUCCGGACGGCGCAGUCGUAUGGCCGCUUCUGGGAGGGGAUCGACAUGGUUUACGAGAUCAUGGGUCACUGGUUCAAUGCAGCAAGCAAUGCGCUGGCCUUCACCCAUUCAACGAAGGCAUCCGCGAAGGAAGUGCAUGACUUCCAUCGGCUUGUGGUGCGCCUCUUCAGCCUGUUGAACUGCGUCGUCCUGUCGGAGCUUGAGGGCCUCGAGUCACGUGCCGGCAAGCUCGAUUUCCACGUGCUGGACAUAAAUGGGCUCGACAAAAAGACACGCUUCUCCGUGCUCCAUCCCAAGGAUCGGAGUCGACCUGAGCAGGUUUACCAUGCCAUCAGCAAGGUGAUGAUGGAGGCGAUCAACUCUGGCGUCAUGGGGGCUCCGCCGCCGAUGGUGAGUCGUGUGUACCACGAGAUGGGCCUUGGAAUGAGCAAAAUGCAUGCAGCUAUGCGCUUUGGCACAGUCGACUUCCCGGCACCAUACCUGCUUGCCCUGAAGGCAAUGCUUGCUAUCUACACGUUUCUGACACGUGUCGCCGUGAUCGACUGGGCGCAGACUGUGGCCUUCUCUGGAUUCUUCAGCACGCUUUUGGUAUUUUCAAUGUGGGGCCUGAUGGCACUAGCUGCCGAACUGGACAACCCGUAUCUGAAAACGGGAUUCAGUUUCGACAAAGAUCUUGUCCAAAGCAAGCUGAACAAGGCACUAUUGACCAUCUUGGCGGAAGAGAGCCGGCCGGUGGCUCACCUAGAAGAGGCGGAGGACGAUGCGUUCUCCGAUGACCCGGAUGUCGACGAGCUGCCGAGGGAGGACAUGAAGCUCCGGACCUACGACAGGUUGACUGCGGUCCUCCCUGGCCAGCCCGAUUGA